UCAUGAUCAUCAAAUAGCCUGCUAGUACUCUAUCAGCCUUGUGCCUGUGCGCAGAGAGAGCAGAGUUGGUGUUCGAUGCAGAAGCGACAGCAACAGUUAGGACUUCAGGUUUUCUUGUAUUUCUGAUCACUUUGUACGAACUAAAACUCACAGCUGUGGGAAGAACUGAUACGCAACCACAGUAAGCAUGUGCCAGAGAGAGGUCGACCACAGGGAUGUGACCAGCGAUGGAGGUAGAGGGGUUGUUCCUGUAUAGGUAAAGAUGACGCUGCUGGCAGGUGAUGGCUCGGACUACGACUACAGCGCUCUGAGCUGUGCCUCUGAUGCCUCCCUCCUCCUCCUCCCUCAACCCCCGCCCCUGUCAGAGCAGGAGGCCCUCAAGGGGGCCUACUACAAACGGGCCCAAUUACUUCCCGAGGACUCAGACCACCUCCUCACCAAUGCUACCUCGCUCUUCACUACCCAUAAACUCCACGUCAUCAUCAACGUGGGUGGGCUGCGUUAUCAACUACCCUGGACCACCUUGGAGGACUUCCCCCUGUCCCGACUAGGCCAGCUGCGCCUCUGCAGCAGCUUCGACGAGAUCAUGUGCGUCUGCGAUGAUUACGACAUCGCUCGAAACGAGUUCUUCUUCGACCGCUCGCCCUGUGCCUUCCGCAUCAUCCUGACCUUCCUGCGGGCUGGGAAGCUGCGGUCCCUCAGGGAGAUGUGUGCCCUCUCCUUCAGGGAGGAGCUGCACUACUGGGGGGUCCCUGAAGAGAACCUGGAGUGGUGCUGCCGUCGCCGCCUCAUUCAGCGGGUGGAUGAGUGUGACGAGUUGGAGCGGGCUGCCCAGGAGGACGAGGAGGAGGAGCUGAUGAUGGACACGGACAGCGGGCACCAUAGGGGUUCCACCGCCCUGGCUACGGAGACCCGGAUGGGACAUUGUAUGAACAAGCUGAGGGACAUGGUGGAGAGGCCCCACUCGGGCCUGCCAGGAAAGAUCUUUGCCUGUCUGUCGGUGCUGUUUGUCACCAUCACGGCUGUCAACCUGUCCAUCAGUACCAUGCCGGCCAUGAGAGAGGAGGAGGAGCAAGGCAAGUGCUCCCAGAUGUGCUACAACAUCUUCAUUGUGGAGACGGUGUGUGUGGGCUGGUUCUCCCUAGAGUUCACCCUGCGCUUCAUCCAGGACCGAGACAAACUAGCCUUCCUGAGACGCCCUCUGAACCUCAUAGACGUGGUGGCAAUCCUUCCCUACUACAUCACCCUGGUAGUGGACAGCUACCAGGGGGAGAAGAAGCUGGGCUCGGGAAGUAGUUACCUGGAUAAGGUGGGUCUUGUGCUCCGGAUCCUCCGCGCCCUGAGGAUCCUAUAUGUGAUGCGGCUGGCCCGCCACUCCUUGGGCCUGCAGACUCUGGGGCUGACAGCGCGGCGCUGUACACGGGAGUUUGGGUUGCUCCUCCUCUUCCUCUGUGUGGCCAUUGCCCUCUUCUCCCCGCUGCUCUACCUCAUCGAGAACGAGAUGGCCGCCACCCACGAGUUCAGCAGUAUCCCCGCCACCUACUGGUGGGCUGUCAUUACCAUGACAACGGUGGGCUACGGGGACAUGGUUCCAAGGAGCAUCCCGGGUCAGGUGGUGGCGCUAAGCAGUAUCCUGAGCGGGAUUCUUCUCAUGGCAUUCCCAGUCACCUCCAUCUUUCAUACGUUCUCCCGGUCCUACGUGGAACUGAAGCAGGAGCAGCAGAGGCUACUGCAAAGACGGACACACUUCCUGUUACGCAGGAGGAUGGGUGGGCUGGGAAGUAAGAUGUCGCUGAAGAGUGACUACCCCAGCUGUGGCUCCUCUGAGACCAGGGACCGGGAUGACUGAAGAGGAGGAAGAGGAGGAGAAGAAGAAGGAGGAGCAGCAGGAGGAGCAGCAGGAGGAGCAGUAGGUGGAGGAGGGAGAAUUAAAGGACACAAAGCACAGAGAGAAUAAAACAAAAGAGGGGUUAGGACUUGUCAACUUCAUCUGUGAACAGCGACCCAAAUGACUGUGGAUGAUGAGACAAAAAAAAUCAAGGACACAAAGCACAGAGACUACAGAGAGAAAAUAUGAGAGAGAAACAAAUAAGGGUUAAGAUGACCUGGCAAUGCUCUGCUAAAAAUGUUUUAGUUUAUUAUUCUUCUCUGGACGAUAUCAUCUCUGUCUGCCAUUUUGAGGUAAUAGAGGCCAGAAAUGUUCCCAGAAACCAGAUCUGCACAAUAACAGAAAGAAGAUUGUAAUGAAUCGUAUUAGAUCAUUGACAUUUUGCUGUAUAACAGUACAUUAUAUUCCAUAAAUGUAUAAAUCAAAAAUAACCUACAGUAUAAGCUAUAUGUGAUCGAUUUCUUAUUCAUUUUUGUGUCUCAAUUGUGAAGAGUGCAGUCCAUAACCAUAUUUCUUAAGAGUUAGAUGUAUUGGAGGUGUAUUGGUGCUCAGCACUGUUAGGGGUUUCAUAUGCAAUUUUAUGUAUGAAACAUUGAAGAAACAUGUAUAUGUCCGUAGUUGUUGUGUGCUCCGUAUCUUAAAAAUGUAUUUCUAAAUACUGCUGUUGGUUGCUAAAUAUUUACAACUGAACUGAAGCUGAUCUGCCUCAUGAUUGUUUGGACUUAAUUGUAAUUUCACUGACUUUGUUGCUAUUUCCCAAACAAUUAUACAUCUAUUGGGUCCUACUAAUCACCCCAAACAACCCAAAAGUACCCAAUAGUACCCAAAAGAACCCAAUAGUAGCCAAAAGAACCCAAAAUUAGCCAAAAGAACCAAAAAGUACGCAGAAGAAUCCCCAAAAAACCUAAUCAGGUACCCAAAAGAACCCCAAACAGCAGUGGAGGCUGGUGUAAGGAGCUAUAGGAGGACAGGCUCAUUGUAAUAGUUGUCAUGGAAUAAAUGGAAUGGAGUCAAACAUGUGGUUUCGAUAUAUUUGAUGUGUUUGAUACCAUUCCAUUAUUCCAUUCCAGGCAUUACAAUGAACCUGUCCUCCUAUAGAUCCUCCCACCUGCCUCCUCUGCCAACCCGGUACCAAAAGAACCCAAAAGAACCCAUAAACAAACCCAAACAGGUACUCAAAUGAUCAGUUCAGGUUCACGUUUCUGAUGUUUCAGGUGUUACGCCACAUUCCCAUGCUAGUCAUAACUAGGAAACUCUGAAAUUUCUAACUUGCUGAUUUGUUGAAUGUGGCAUAUCUAUAACUACAAUCAGUUAGCAAGUUGGAAAUGUCUGUUUCCUAGUUCUGACUAGCAUGUGAACAUGGCGUAACACUUGAAACGUGAACCUGAACUGAUCAUUUGAGUACCUGUUUGGGGUUGUUUGGGGAUAUUUUGGGUUAUUCUGGUACCGGUUUGGCAGAGGAGGCAGGUGGGAGGAUCUAUAGGAAGACGGGCGCGUUCACUUUUGUCAAGACAGGGACCAACGUUGGUCACCAACUUUCAAAGUGUGUUGCAUUAUGGGUAUAGAAAUUGUCAGACUACAUCGGCUGCAUGACCUUUACAACAAUCAUAUGAUCAAAGGUUAUGAACUUCGACUGCAGUCUACUGAACAUUUCUUCAGUUGCUCCUCAGCAACUGAAACUUGAAUUCAGAACCAAAGCAUUGUGUGAGAUGAGCCUCUUCAAUUUUUUUGAUUAUUUGAUUUUUGAUUGUUGAUUUUUGGUUAUUAUCAAUGCAUGUUUACUGUUUUGGGUGGAUGACUAUUUAGAGCUUAAAUAGAUCUUUAUCUUUACAUCCUAACAAUCUAAUUACAUAGGCCUACAUGUGAUCCAAAUUUCUAACAUAAAUAAAUGAAAUAUCCUACUAGAUGCUACUGUAAUGUUGUGUCCCAUGUUAUAUCCUACAAUUUAUUUGUUUAGUCUGUAAUAUUGUUGUCACCAAACAAAUGCAAAUGUGUUGAUUGUCUAUUAAGUGUGAGUAAAAUUGAAUACAUAUUAUAAGCUGCACAUGGCUUAUUUUAGGGGAUUUCUACACCGGCAAUUUUAGAGGCUUAAUCUGUGUCCAGGAAACCAGCCCUUAAUGAGCAAGUAUUUCAGACGCCAGUCGUGGGGUCAAUACCAACUGCGUUUGACUGCUUGGCAUAUUGUUUGGCAUAUUGUUUGCCAAGUAAUUUAUGGGAACUGAUGUACAUGUAGUCUAAUCAUUUUCAUAUUGUUUACCCAGUAAUUAAUUUGAACUGAUGUACAUGUAUAGUCUAAUCCUGUUCAUAUUGUUUACCCAGUACAUGAACUGAUGUACAUGUAUAGUCUAAUCCUGUUCAUAUUGUUUACCCAGUAUGUGAACUGAUGUACAUGUAUAGUCUAAUCCUGUUCAUAUUGUUUAUCCAGUACGUAAACUGAUGUACAUGUAUAGUCUAAUCCUUUUCUGUACAGUGAGUUUUUUGUCCUUCAUGCGCUUGAAUCAAAUUCUGUUCUUUACAUGCUGACAAAAGCAACAUAAAGGUUGAGAAUUAAAGAACAUACAGUAAGAA